ACACUCAACUCAGAAACUCACACAUAUUACUCACUGUUGAGUAAUGUCAUCCUGAUGUUUGUAAAUCCCGAUCAAUUUCUUGGUAAAUGUAGAUGAACACGAUGCUGCUAUUAUGGCCUCUCACUUUUGGACACAGUGGUGUUUUGGAUUUGCAUUUACAUUAUUAUGGGUAGCUGUGCUCCUUACAUCAACCGCUGAGAGCUCCUUGGCUGUACCUAGAGAAGUCCUCACAUCAUUAGGAGACACUGUAACAUAUCAAAGGGCAAAAAGAUCUCCUGACGAAGAAACAUUCCAACCCCGCAUUCCAAAAAAAGUGGAAGAUUAUGAAAUAACAGAAGAUGAUUUCAACGAUACGCAAGUGACGAGCCAACAGACCAGCAGUGAAGAAGUUUCUUUAGACAAUGAGGAUGAGGCCAAGGAAACUCCUCAGGUGAUAAAGGACCAGAAAAACAAACAAAACGAGCCAAAAAAGUACAAUGCAAGCGAGUUUAAGAAAGUCGCUGCAGAAAUCAAACCUUCAAACGACAGCGCGGGUGAAAAACCAAAGCUACCCAUUUACAACCCGAAUCCAGUUAUAAAGUACAACAAUUCCUUUAAAAAAGAUUCUAAAUUGAAUUCCUCUGUUGAUUCUAGUUUCAAAGCGGAUAGUUCUAAUUUGAAAGUUCCCAGCAAAUUUAUGAGGAAAGUCAAAGGAGAUGUCAUUGAAGGGCCAGUCAACACGACUAAGGUAGCUAGUCUCAAUGAGACUCGCUUGAUGAGUGAUCAGCCGGUGGCUAUAGAGAGCGAGAGUGAUGCGGUCAACAACUCUACGGAUAUCUCUGAUGACGAAACUCUGGAUGGCCUUUUACAAAACUCAACAAGUAUAAGCGAAGACAACUCUACAAGCGCAGAUGGCCGUAAAAUGCCGUCAGAGGAUCUUAACAUUGUUCUGAUAUCUGGGGUUACUCUGGGUACAGCCGCGCUACUGGCAGUUGUAGCAGGUGGAGGAUUUAUUUAUUACCGUCACAGAAUGUGGAACAAACCGCAGACGUUGAGUGACAAAUGCAGCAACGCUGACUCUAGCGGCUACAUUGAUGACAGCACACUUAGGGAGAAUUCAGAAGAAAUGUACAGUUUGGACAAUGAUUCAUUCCUGAAUAGCUUGGAAGCAAUGACGAUUCAGAACUACUGGACUGACAAUGUCAAGCAUACCAAGCUGUAAGCUGUAGCAAUAUUCUCAGUUAACCAAAUGUGCAUUUUGCGUCCAUAUUUAUACAUAGCCCUCACAGGAGUUGUAUGGAUAUUUCCUUUACAAUAACACUAUCCUGACUUUUAUAUAAUAUUUCUCAAGUAUAUUUAUGUUAUUGAAAGUUUUAAACGCAUAGUAAAACUAUAUACACGAUGACCUUCAAUCAGUUUAAAUAGUCCAGUGUUUAAACAAAGUGCAGUAUUUUAUAUGACUGUUAUUUUUAUAUAUUCAGUUAGAGUUAGUAUAGAUUCAUCACAAAAAUAACUAUUUUAUUUAUGCAUUUUACAUGUUGACAGUGUUAAGUGUUACCUUAGCUCUGAUGUUCACUUAAGUAGGUUGUAGAACACGUAGUGGAGGGCUGAAAUGUCUGUGAUGGUAGGAUAGUUCACACCGGACGAUUAAACCAACCUUCAGGUCAUUUUAUACUGUUUUUUCAUAGUAUUAAAUGUAUUCUUGUCUUUCUUUGUAGCUAGACAUAACUAAUAUUUUUUGUAAAUUUACACUAGUAGGAAAUGUACAAAUUUAUACAUUUGUAAUUUUCCUGUAUAUCGACACGGUUUAUUUUGUUGCAAAUAUCUUUAAUCGGUUGUGAUUUAUUUAAUUGUUACUAAUGUUGGCUUCGUGUUGUUAAGUUUUAGUUGCGGUUAUGUAAAUAGGCGAUGCAAAUUAUGACAGUGUAAAUACUUUUUAUUUUUAUAUAUUGUAAAUCCACAUCCCACAAAACAUUUUCAAGUAGGGUUAAAUGAAAUGAAAAGAAAUACCUGACUACAAUUUACAUGUAUUGGAAUCUAAUGCAGGCAGUUCAAUGUCAAUAUGAGCAGAGUUAAGAUGGGAUUGGCACAUAUUUCAUUGUGUAAAGUAAUUGCAGCACUGUACAUUUGUUUAUCUUAGGUUUUUCAACUACAUUUCACAUCUGUUCUGCUAGCCUCUUUUAUAAUUAAUCUUAGCUCAUAACAGAUAUUGAUUUUCAUUUGAAAUUUUUCUAUCGUGAGCUAACAACUCAUUUGUUGAAAUUUAUAUUGUUCUACUAGCAAAAACUGUUUUGCCAUGGCAUUUAACAAACUAAAACCCAUUUAAACUAAAACACAAACUAAAAACUUAUUUUGAUAGAUUUUUUAAAUGUUAUUGUGGGAUUUGGAUUAAUUCUUUUACCGAACAAAAUUUCUGUUUCUCUAGGUCUAGUUUUUCGUUGUUGUGAGUUACAUAGCUUGAGGACCAUAAACAGUAAUGAAUCUUUCAUCCAGCGUAAAGAAUGUUAAAUAGCUUUUGAUACCAUAUAACUAAGCAUAAACCUAAUCCUCAUAAAUAGUUUUUAUUGGACAAUAAUUUGUAUUAACUAAGGAUAUUUAAAACAUCAUACUUUGCAUAUGGAACCUUUUAAAAUUGUUGUUUUGUUUUUAACCUUAAUGUUUUGCAAUUGCUGUAAUUUGAUUCCUGUAGUUCAGGAAGUUUAGCAUCUCCCAUUUACAGAUUUGUAUCUAGAUAUGUUAUAACCUAAUUCCACAUUUUUUACAAAAUUGUAAUAAUCAAAAUAAUUUGUUAGAGCAAUCAUAACAUAUUGUAUUAGAGGAGGUUAUGGCAAAACACAUUGUUGGAAAUUCAAGAAGAUUGCAAUAACCUGUUUAUCAAAAUGCUGUAUUGUUGUGAACUGAAAUGUUUUAGUAGCAGAUUAUCAAUAAGUAUCUCAGCUUAAAUAGUAACGAGGCUGAGGGAGAAAGUAAAACACUGUUUACUUUAAGGUCACUUAGAUUUUCUCACUAAGGUUGACUAUUUUCUUCUGUCCAGAUGGUUUUAGAGCAAAUUUGAAUUGGUAGAAACAUUCUAAAAAAUUCUUU